GGGGUGGGACGAUGUCCCAGGACAGGAUCCGGGUGGGGGCUCGGGGAGUCCUUUAAGAGGAUCUACGAAUCGAAUGAGCCUCUACCGCAGCCAUAAUCUCCCCUGAUUUGAAGGAAGCUAUUAUUAUUUACAUUGCCCAGAAGGGAAACUGAGGUUGCGCGGCAACAACCCGAGGGGCUGGGUCUCGAACCGAGGGACUCCGAGCUCCGACCCGAACCCCGCCGUGCAGAACUAGGACAUUGCCACAGCGAGCGGACGCGAAGGGGCGGGGCAUGCGUACAGGAAGCCUUCUCUGCCCACAACCAAGGUGGCUGCGGAGAGGGCGGAAGUUUCCGCACUUGGGGCCUCCGAGGCCUCUCUUUCUCUCCUGGCGGACCCGCUCUCGAUGGCCGCAUGGGUCACGUGACGGGGGCGGGGGUGGCGGCGCGUUCUCCAAGGCUGCGAGGGAACCAGCGAGCAAGGCCGAGACGGGAGGGGCCUCGGCCUCGGGCGGGCAGCUGACAUGUCUCUCGAAGACCCGUUUUUUGUAGUCCGAGGCGAGGUGCAGAAGGCGGUGAACACGGCCCGCGGGCUGUACCAGCGCUGGUGCGAGCUCCUGCAGGAGAGCGCGGCGGUCGGGCGCGAGGAGCUCGACUGGACGACCAAUGAGCUGCGGAACGGCCUGCGCAGCAUCGAGUGGGACCUCGAGGACCUGGAGGAGACCAUCGGCAUAGUGGAAGCCAACCCAGGCAAGUUCAAGCUCCCGGCCGGAGACCUGCAGGAGAGAAAGGUGUUCGUGGAGAGGAUGCGGGAGGCGGUCCAGGAAAUGAAGGACCAUAUGGUCAGCCCGGCAGCCGUGGCCUUCAUGGAGAGGAAUACCAGAGAGAUGCUGACGGGCAAGCCAGCCACCCAGAAGUCCUCCAGUGACCUGCUGGCCGCCAGCGUGGUGUCAGCGGCCUCUCGAUACCUGGAGGAGCAGCAGGCCACGCAGCAGCUGAUCAUGGACCGACAGGAUCAACAGCUGGAGAUGGUGUCUGGGAGCAUCCGGGUUCUGAAACACAUGUCUGGCCGCGUCGGGGAGGAGCUGGACGAGCAGGGCGUCAUGCUGGACGCCUUUGCUCAUGAGAUGGACCACACCCAGUCCCGGAUGGACGGGGUCCUCAGGAAGAUGGCGAAAGUAUCCCACAUGACGAGUGACCGCCGACAGUGGUGUGCCAUUGUGGUACUGCUGGGGGUGCUUCUCCUCGUUCUCAUCCUGCUCUUCUCUCUCUGACCCCGGCCCUCCCCAGGGGGCUGGUCCCUCUAGCUGGGGGGCUGGCAGGGCCCGGCCCUCUGGGAGGAGGGGCUUCUGUCUGGGGAGCUGUCCCAAGGCUAGCAUUCAGAGCCACUGGGACCCUCAGGGCCCUAGGCAGAGCCCCUACUGCUGGUCUUGCCUCAAGUGCGCUUAGGGGGUGGUGGCGGUAGGGGGACCUCAGACACACCUCUCCCCAUUUCUGCUUCGGGUGCCCCAAAGCCAUUCGCCUCUGUGCCUUCUCCAUGUGCCAACUUGGAAAUAAAAUCCCAGCCUUUUUUGUACAUAUUUGUAUCAUAUGGUCUGUUGUUGAAACUUGUGGCUGCCCCUGAGUGGGAACUCCCAUUCUUAGCCCCCUGCUUGCACACACUGGGGCUCAGGGGGCUGUGUGUGUGUGCGCACGUGUGUACGUUAGGGAUUUCAGUAGUCGAUAUUUGGGACAGAAAAGACUAGUCUGGUUUAUUUCUUGCUUUUCAUGAUGGAUAAUUUUAUUAGCAUUGAAAAUCCCAAACUCGAAUUCUUCCUUGAGCUUUUGAA